AUGAUUUACCGUUGGUAUAAAAUCCUCAGUCCCCGCAUUGAUGUUGCCGUUGACGGAGUUGCAUACGACGAAAAACACCUGCGUCUAUAUGUCUCCAUUCAUCAGAACUUUAAGCUCUGGGUGGUCCCCUUCUACAAUGCUCCAGUCAAACUCGUCACUGUCCUCCAGUUGACCACCGAUCCUAGUCCAGUACCGCCUGAGCCUCAAGAGCCCAUCACCAUGACCGAACUCGACAGUGAGAGAGACGCGCCAGGCUCUGCUCGUGUCAAAUUUCGCAAAGAGGCCGACAGCGACGAAGUCAAGUACUACAUUCAGUCGCAGAACGACUUGUAUCAGACUACAGAAUUCAUCAAAUUCCUUGUGCCCUGGGGGAUCGGGGUGUUUUUGGUUAUUACCUGGCAGUUCUGCGCAACAGUGCUCUGUGUGAUUGGUGCAAAGUCCUACGAUUUCCUGCUCUGGGUGCCGCAGAAGCUCUACCGCCAGAACAUUGAGGUUUUUGAUAACGACGAGAAAGUACACCCACAUCUUGGAGCCGAUUGA